AUGAAUCAAUCAAAGACGAGUUUGAGAAAACAGCACAAAAGAUCUGUGACAUGCUUUUAAGAUAAUUAAUUGAAUUAAGCAAUUCAAACAAUCAUUGGGGUGAAGAUGUUCAAUGAAGUUUUGAAUGAAGGAGUCAUUAAUUUGCAUCCAUCUGAUAUCUUCUUCAAUAAGUUAAUUGACUAUGCCUUCAGAAAACAAUAAGUCACAAUGGCUGAAUUCUUGCUUACCUUCAUGAGAGACAAUGCUAAGAUUCAACCAACAAUUGUCACUAUUAACACAAUGAUUGACUAGUAUUUCAAGAAUAAUUAGAAGGAUAAAGCUUGGAAAACUUUUGAGAAUCUGAAACUCACAUCUACCAAACCUGACAAUUUCACCUAUACUACUUUAAUCAAUGGUUUAAAGAAUUCUGAUAAUAUGGAUCUCAGAUUAGCAUUCUAAUUAUUUGAAGAGUAUAAGUAAUUCAAUCAACCUGAUUAAAUUAUCUACAAUUGUUUAUUAGAUGCUUGUAUAAAUGCUGGUGAUUUAAAUAGAGGAUUUUAAUUGCUAAAUGAGAUGAAAUAAUCAUAAUCAAUUUAAUUGGAUGAAAUCACUUAUAAUACAUUGAUCAAGGGAUGUGGAAGGAAGAAGAGAUUAAAUGAAGCCAUUAGUUUGUUCGAAGAGAUGAAAUAGAUUGGUAUCAAACCAAAUAGAAUAAGUUUCAACUCCUUACUUGAUUCCUGUGUGAAAUGCAAUAAGAUGAAUGUUGCUUGGAGAUACUUUGAAGAAAUGAGAAAGCAAUAUGGCAUCUUCCCAGACAAUUUCACUUACAGCAUUUUAGUUAAUGGCAUUAAAACUAAUCAUUCAAAUAGAGAUGAAUUGCUAAGAGCCAUUACCUUAUUGGAAUAAAUUUAAGAAACUGGACAAUUCAAACCAGAUGAGAUUCUUUAUAACUCAUUGAUUGAUGCUUGCGUUAAAUUCAAUGAGAUCUAAAAGGGAAUGCAAUUAUUCAAGGAAAUGAAGAAUAAAAUCAAUUGA